AUGAGUUUAACACUUGAUGAAUUAACUCAAUUGAAAAAACAAGUAAAAGAAAGAGAUGAAGAAAUUGAUUUAUUAAAUGCAUUUAUAAACAAGAAUCCAAGAUUACUGUCCCCCUGUGUUAUAGUUCACGGUUAUAAAUCUAUUGGUAAAACAUUUACCGUCACAAAAUUCUUAAAGGCAUUAGGAACAAAUUUCUCUACUAUUAAUUGUGAUGAAUGUGUUUCUAAAAAAAUCUUAUUACGUCGAUGUUUUGAUAAAAUUAGAAUUGAUAGUGGUUGUCCAAAAGGAUCAUUAAAUACUAGAAAUGAUUUAGCAAAAUAUGGGAAUAAUGGUGAUAGUUUUUCAACAUUUGUAUCAGCAUUAGAAUUGUUUGUUGAAGAAUUUGAUUAUAAAUUGGAACAUCAUGUUUUACUACUAGAUAGAUUUGAUCAAUGUUUUGAAUAUGUCAAUGAUUUAUUAGCCGGGUUUACUCGAUUAAGAGAAUCAUCUACUUUAUUACAAAAUUUUACCGUAGUUGUUAUUAUAUCUGGUGAAGACCCAAAAGAAAUUGUCACAUUAUCAAACCCACAUGUUUAUUUUAAAGUUUACAAUGAGAGCCAAAUUAUCAGUAUCUUGCAAGAGAGCAGAUUGUGCAAAUUUAAUAUCAAUGAUGUUUCUGAUGAUUCAACGGAAAGUAUAGAAUUUUAUAAUCAAUACGUUAAGGCAAUAGUGGAUAUGCUUUAUCCCUACACUGGAUCAGAUAUGUCAUUAUUGAUUGAUUUCACCAAAAGAUUAUGGGAUCCAUUUAUUGAACCAAUACGACAAGGUCGAUUACAAAUCACUGAAUUUGUGAAAUGUCUUAAAGAAGGUAUACAUUUAUUUACUAAUGAAGAUGUGGUUAGUACUUCAGGAGUCAUUGAAUUUAAAACUUUACAAUGGGAAAAACAAGUGACUCAUGGAGGACAUGUUCAUGAUUUACCUUUACAUUCCAAAUUUUUUUUACUUGCAUCUUAUUUGGCAUCAUAUGGGAGUUAUCGAAAUGAUCUUCAUAAAUAUUCCAAAGUAAAAGUAGUAAAAUAUAAAAAGAGACAAAGCACUAAAGCAACUUCAGUUACUAAAGGACAUAUGAGUAAAGAAAGUAUUGAUACACGUUUAUUAUCAGCUAAUUAUGUUGAUCUUGAAAGGAUUUUGGCUAUCUUAUCAGUCAUAUAUAGAAAUUAUGCCCCGUCUUUAAAUCAUUCUGAUAAAGAUGAAUUACUUUACAUGGAUGAUCGAAUCAUUGAAGAUGAAGAGAAAAAGGAAUCAGAAAGAUCUAAAUUCACUUUGACAAGAAAUAUCGAUUUGAGUAAUCAAAUUGCAACUUUAUUUUCCUUGGGGUUAUUAAGUAAGACCAAUUCAUCUGAUAUUUUAACCGCCAAAGUAAGAUGGAAAUGUAAUAUUGAUUGGAAAACAGCUGAAGGAAUAGCAAAAUCAGUGGAUUUCCCUAUUUCAGAUUUCAUGAUGGAUGAUUAA